AUGGAUUCCCCUCUCUUGCCCAGUUCCCCUGCCGCCCAGCCCACGGGCCGGACGGCUCAAGGCUCAAUAGAGCUUGCGGCAAGACAAUGUCGCGAAUAUUUGCUGAAAUUGACGGAGAUUCCCCAAUUGAUGACUCUUGAAUGGGCAGAGAAUAGACUUGCUGAGUUUAAUCUCUGGACGGCAAUGACGGGGGCGUUUGCAGGCGGCACUGCUUCACUCGAUUCUCGGCUGGCUUUGGAAAGUGAGGUGAGAAACUUGGUCAUUGGAAUUCUUGUCUUGAUGUUAGGGUGCCUUAAUAAGUGUGAACAAUCCGCUCUCGUUCUUGACAGGGAAGAAGACGACGACACUGGGUUGGAGGGUAACCCUAAAGUUACGGAGCCGAGACAGAUUCAAGACUCUGCGGAAAACAUUCCACGGGGCUUUUCGCCAUGGUCCGACGACUCUUCUUCGGAUACAGAAUCUGUGCCAAAUGCCAAACAAAACCCCAGUCGACACUCUCAGCUUUCAGAGGCAAAAGGCGAGGUAGAUCAGAUCCUUGACCAUCUAACACGGCUAGCCCUUGCGAUACGAAAAUCAGGAAAUAGUUCUAGACUGCAUAAGGCUGACAAGUCAUUCAAACCGGAAAGUCAUAAAAAACUACGAAAUCACCUCGAGCUGAUCAUCCUGGCCAAAGGAAGUGAAGAUGGGCGCCAGGCGUACUCUGUCGACGCAAGUUCCCUGACUCCCAUACAGGAACGUCUGAUUCGCGCAAACUUGAAGCGGAGAAACAGGUAUUUGUACGCACAGAGACAUGCAAGGAAGCUGGCAGCUGAUACUUCCAACCUUCACCAUCGGGAACUUCUACCAACUGGGGUCAUUCUCCAUGCUCUUCCCGAACAAAAGCCAACAGACGCAGCGCCAGAAACAAAAGAACAACUUACAGCUGCAACAAUGGAGAGAAUUGCUCAAGAUAGCAAUAGGUUGCCUUCCUAUGAUGCAGUUCUGACAGCAACCUCGGCUUCGAAGGUGGCUCAAACCAUCGAAUUUGUCCCACAGCACCCUCCGACAGCUUCACGAAUAGCGAAAACAAAUAUUACCUCCACCGCGUCCAAGGUCCUUUACCCCAGACCUCCUAAGCAGAAUGGUCUCCUGCGGUAUUUUAAGUGUCCUUGUUGUGCCCAAACACUCCCAGAGUUUUACCGGGGACAAACGAUGUGGAAAAAACAUCUUAUGGCAGAUAUAUGUCCCUACAUGUGCAUCCUUGAUGAUUGUCCAAAGCCAGACAUGUUAUACGUCACGCGGAAAGAGUGGACAAGACACGUUGAGCAAGAGCACCAGCAAUGCUGGCAGUGUUCGCCAUGCACAGUCCCAGACAGGCCGCCGCUCGUUUUUCCGUCUGUCGACGGCCUCCUCAGCCAUCUGCGUCAGGAACACGGCUCUACAAUCAGUGAAAGCCAGUAUUCAACUCUGGUUAUCAACGGAACUCGGCCUGUACCACCAGGGAUCAGUAGCUGUCCGCUCUGCGACUCUACUGGCCCUCCUGAUGCACCAGAACUGUUAGAUCACAUUGCAGAGCAUUUACACGCAUUUUCUCUGCGGUCUCUUCCAUGGGCAAUGGACGUCAUUGGAGACGAGGAGGGUGAUGUGGGCGACGACUAUUUCGAUGCCGACAAUUAUUUUGACCAAGGGUCCGAUGACCAAUCUCGCCCGGACGACGUCAUCGAUCCGGACCAGGACACGGAUGAUUUGUCUUCACUCUCUUCCUAUGAGACUUAUACUUCGAGUCAUCGUUCGACAUUGAGCGCAACUAAUAUUCCCCGAGGCCCUCCAAUUGAACCGAUCAAAGCUGGUAGCGUGAACGCGGUGGAUACGCAGCCAGCGAGAAAUCCAGCAAAAGAUCCCGAAAGAGGCCCCCCACAGCCUCAUAACCUCGCCUCCCGCAAAAUCCGCAUUACCAGUUCGUGGUCUCUUGAUUCCGUUCAGCCUUUUUGUGAGAGAAUGAUUGCAGGUUUUGACGCCUAUAAUUACAGUUAUUUCGGCUGA